GCUCGAGGUGCUGACGCGGGAGCUGGAGCGGGCGCUGGAGGCGCGCACGGCGCGGGACUACUUCGGCAUUUGCAUCAAGUGUGGGCUUGGUAUCUACGGAGCAAGGCAGGCUUGCCAGGCCAUGGGGAGCCUGUAUCACACUGACUGCUUCAUCUGCGACUCAUGUGGAAGACGGCUCAGAGGGAAGGCCUUCUACAAUGUGGGCGAGAAAGUGUACUGCCAGGAGGACUUCCUGUACUCCGGGUUCCAGCAAACAGCUGACAAGUGUAGUGUGUGUGGACAUCUCAUCAUGGAGAUGAUCCUCCAGGCCCUCGGGAAGUCCUACCACCCAGGCUGUUUCCGGUGCUCUGUGUGUAAUGAGUGCCUGGACGGGGUGCCCUUCACCGUGGACAUGGAGAACAACAUCUACUGUGUCAGAGACUAUCACACGGUUUUUGCACCAAAAUGUGCCUCCUGUGCCCGUCCUAUCCUCCCUGCACAGGGCUGUGAGACAACCAUUCGUGUGGUCUCCAUGGACAGAGACUACCAUGUGGAAUGUUAUCACUGUGAGGACUGUGGCCUGCAGCUGAGUGGGGAGGACGGACAUCGCUGCUACCCACUGGAUGGCCACCUGCUGUGUCGCUGCUGCCAUCUUCGGCGCCUCCGGCCUGGCUCCCUUCCGUCACCUGCCAUGCACAUUACAGAGCUCUGAGCAGGGGCCUGGUGCCCGACCUGGGGUUGUGUGUGUGUGUGUGUGUGUGUGUGUGUGUGUCUGUGCUGUGUGUGGGCCAUUUGGGUGGCCCCAGGUUAGUUUUGGAGCAUUGUGUCAGGGUGGGCGGGGCUGCCAUGCAUGCUUCUGUCCCACGGUGUCCUCUCACUUCCCACUGAGCUCCUGUCCGCCGGGCCGGCCCCGCCCCAUCACGUGUAUUUAUUCACCGUCUGUGCCUCCUCAGGCAGCUAGCCUCUGGGCUCUGCCUGCCUUCCACUUCACCCCAUCACUGCCUUUCCCUUCUGGGGUCCCCUGUGCCCCAAAUCCUGGAGAACAGGUUUCAGGUGUUGUUCAGAAGGGGUUAAGACCGCUUCCACGAUCACUUCCUGGGGUGGGUAUGGUCUGGAAGGCCGGGGUUUGUGGUGUGCUUGUGUGUCUCAGAAAUACAAACGCUGGUGGGUGGGAAGGCUGCCAUGUUAGGCCUGGGGACUGUGCCCUACCUUUGGCCGUUAGGGACACACCAGGGCACAGCCACAAUUUCGGCCUCAUUUUCCACCCUGGCUCCUGGCAUGAAGACUGCACCCUCCUCCCACCUUCCUCGGUCACCUGGAAAGAACCCCCUCCCUCAGAAUCCCAGUCACAGGUCAUGGGCAGAGAUCCCGAGGGGGUACCCUGCCCGGGUCUCAAGGAAGACACGUGUGUGUGCAUACCAUUGAUCUGACUCUGCAGCCAAAAAAAGGAUAUGACUUCACUUAAAUUAAGUUGUGCCUAUGAGAAUAUUUCCAUUUUAUUCAAAGGAAUAUUGUCUGUCUUCUAAAAAACCUGGACCAAGGUGGUGGUUUCUUAAAAAAAUUACAGAGAUUUCACACAUGUCCAAUUUGUUGUAUAUUAUGCAGUUAGUUUCAGGUGGUAAAAGCAUUGUAGGUUAACUAUUUUUAUAUAAAUUCCUUUAAAAUCUCAAA